AAGCGUCUUCUGAUCUGGACUAUACUGUACAUAUUUUUACAUCUGUCUGAUCAGAAAUGUGUACCGGUUGUGUCCAGAAGCAAUAUCCCGACAGGGGUAACACAUGUCUAGAGAAUGGCUCAUAUCUCAUGAAUUUUGUGGGCUGUGCCAACUGUCACCAGCGGGACUUUGUGCUGAUCAGUGACCGGACGAUGGUGAAUGAAGAUGAGGAGGAGAUUGUCACUUACCUGCACAUGUGCAAGAACUGUGAACAUGUCAUAGCCAGACACGAGUACACCUUCACUGUGGUGGAUGACUAUCAGGAAUACACAAUGUUGUGUAUGUUGUGUGGAAAAGCAGAGGACUCCAUCAGCAUAUUGCCAGAUGAUCCCAGACAAACAGCACCUCUCUUCUAGAGCAUGCACGUACACACAUACAUAGGGAUGAGAAAAAAGCAAAUUUGCAUGAUGAGGGAGUUUUGAUACAUAUGAUCUGUGCUUAACACUGGAGAACAACACAGUCAUGUUUAAUCCAGGAACUUAACCCAAUGCAUUGUGCAGCAAAAGUGGCAAUAAAACUCUCAGUAUGACUCUGAUGCAUGAAACCUAGACCACUUAAUAUACACAAUGUAGCUUUUGCCUAUUAUACGAGUCUGCAUAUUUGUUUGUCUCAUCAAGAGUUGUUUGAGUGGAUUAGCAGUGAAUUUUAACCACAAAAAAAAAAAGAGUUUGCAGCUUUUGUUACAAUGCAGCACAUAGAAAAUGACUGAAUUUGGCAGAAAAUAUUUUGAAUGAUACACACAAGAAUAAAAAGCAGAAUCACGCUUGAUAGUACUGAUACUAAUGUUCAAUGUACGAAGUCACACAAUAUUUCCAACAAGAUGCAACAAGAUGUUUUAUGUUUUGUCUAAAUAAACAGAGCAAAAAGUUGA